AUGAUCGCAGCUGAAUGCGAGCAGAAGCAGCUGAGGGCUAGAGCUGAGACUACUGAAACUGCACUAAGCGAAGCUAUGAAGAAGACUUCCGAAGCACAGGAGACGCCUAGAGCACCUCCUGAUCUGAAUUUACGUUCGGAUAAAAGGAAUAGAGAAACGCCUGGGGAAAAAGACGAGCAAAAGAAGACCAGGAAUAACGAAGAAGACGAUCCGAGCCGUAGCAAAAGCAGUUAUUGGCGCACUGUUGUAAGUCAGAAGGACAAACAGCAGCGAAAAGAAGAAAAGAGCGGUCGCAAAAGUCCGAAAAGCUCCGGAGUUGAAGGAACUCGAAGAGAAAGGGGGACCUGGACGCGAUCACAACAGAACAAGUGCGUUGAAGGUACAGUGCGAAUUGAGCGACGUACCAAUGGUAAUCCGGCUGAGGGAGGCCUGUGGCGGAACGCAGACGGCGACGAUUCGUCUCUCAGCGGCAGCAGCCCCCAAGCUGUCCCUUGUUCCAGUAUCCUUUGUCCCAAUGUCCCUUAUCCUGAACAGCAACAACAGCAACCGGAGCAGGGAGGCGGUCCAGUGAAGAUGCAGCGUUCUAGAGUCGUCGCUCUGAGCUGCGUAUGCGAGCGAACAAGCAUGUUUGCAUCUCAGUCUCGAAGCUUCCAACUGUCGUGUCGUGUUUCCGUUUGCGCUAUCAUGGAUGGAUUCGGAGUCGGACGCUUGAAGCGUAAACUAGCUUCAUCAGCACAGCAGCAGCACAGUCAGCAGCAGCAGCAACAGCAUAGGUGCCAGUAG